CACCAACAAACGACUCUCCUUUAAUUAACUCAACGCCGCACCUCUCGGGGUUGUUUCGAUCUCACAAUGCCUCAAAACCCCCCAAGCCACAUCGCAUCGACGUUUGCCAUGGUGAUGGCUUCUAGCCGGUAAGCACUAUUUAAUCAACCCUGCCUCACCACCAGGAGCCCUUCUCAACCUCUCACCAUCACACCACAAUCCCCUGGGAGGAGGAUAUCACAACUCAUACACAUAUCCUCAUCUCCUCCCUUCUUCACUCGAGCAACGCAACCAUGGUCAAGAAGACUCCGCUCGAAGUCGCCGUCUUCUCCCCGGCCAACGCCCUCCGCGCCCAGGCCCUCGGGGCUUAUCGCGUCGAGCUCAACGCGCAGGGCUCCUACGAUGACGGCGGCCUCACGCCCCUGGUCAGCGAUGUCGCCAGCCUCCACCGCCCCGAGAAGAUGGGUGACCAGAAGCUCGAAAUCCCCAUCCGCAUCAUGAUCCGGCCCCGCCCGGCCCCCGGCCCCACCCACGCCGAGCCGCACGACUUCGUCUACUCGGACGCCGAGUUCCAGACCAUGUGGGACUCCAUCACGGCCUUCAAGAACCUCCGCACCCUCAACCCGGUCCGCGGCGACGCCUUCGUCUUCGGCAUCCUCGAGCGAGUUGGCCCUGGCGUUACCCCUGUUGAGCGCGAGCUCGCCAUCGACAUCCGCCGCUGCACCAUGCUCGUCGCCCACGCCAAGCCCAUCCGCUGCGUCUUCCACCGCGCCUUUGACGUUAUCGCGAAAUCCGACGACUGGCACGACGGCCUUAGCGAGCUCGUCCGCUGCGGCUUCACCGGCGUCCUGACUUCCGGCGGCGACGGCCCCUUUUACGACAACAUUGACCGUAUUCACCGCAUGUGCUGCCAGAUGCCUGAUCUCCAGAUCAUCGUGGGCGGCGGUGUUCGUUACUACAACGUCGAAGAACUUCUCCAGCGCCUCGAUCAUAUUGCUAGACUCAAUAUUUGGAUGCACUCGUCUUGCCUGUCUCACGACGAACCAACUGAUCUCGACCCCGAGGAAGUCGACCCCGAUGAGCUCAUAGGACUGUGCUCGGCUCUGGGUCUUGAUGAUGUGGACUAGCACUCCCCUCAGGAGGUUUGGACACAGUUGUUUCACUGAAACAACCCCCGUCUUGAACGUGGCAACGGAUAUGGGGAUGGGUAUUCGGAAACUGGUUUGUCACAUUGACUCAUUCGUGGGAUUGAGCACCAUCGCACCAUUACGGUAGCAUUAUAGAGACAUCUUAUACAGCAGCAUGCACUCAGUCAGUGCCAGGCAAUUGCUAGCAUAGUCAUCAUUUUUCAAUGGA